AAACAUCCAAAUGUUUUAAGGAAUCAAUAAUUUUGUGAAUUCUUUUGUUACGCCAAAGCCAUAAGAUUUCUAUUAAAAAGGAUGGUUAACACCAGAAUAAUUUGUGGAAGCAGGAGAUUAAUUAACAAUGACAGGAUGGUAAUGGAAAAAAGCUUAAGUGAAAAAAGGAGUUGAUCCUCCUCAUCCUGAAAAGAUGUAUUUAGUUGCUAAUGCUACAUCUUAAACACGUAUAAAAGAUUUCUUGUCAUUUGAUUUUUAAAAUAAUCAAGGACAAGAAGGAUUUUUAUGCGUGGAUAUGAGCAAGAAAUAAUAGUAAGCUUUGAAUGAACAAGAGACUCGUGUUUAUACUAUUACUAUAACAUAUGAUAGAAAAUAUCAUUGUCCAAGAUUAUGGUUAUAAGGAGUAGCAUUAAACUCUGGUUUACCUUUGAAACAUUAGGAGAUUUUCGAAGAUAUUAUGAGUGUCUAUUAAAAUGAAACAGUUACUGUAGAAGAACAUCCAUAUCUUCAUUAUUAAUAAGUUACCAUUCACCCAUGCAAUCAUUCAACUACAAUGAAGGCUUUCCUUGAUAAAGCAAAACAAAAUGGAGCAGAUAUUAAACCAAUGUAGGCAUUGUUUAUUUUCUUAAAAUUUAUGCAAUCAGUUAUGCCCACAGUAGUGUAUGACACAACCAUCGAUAUAUGCUUGGGUGUUGAUUGAUAAUAUAUAUAUAAUA